AGAUGAGGCCGUAGCUAGCAGACGCCCCGAUGGAGGGACAGACAAGGUCGUAAGUGCACUCUCAUGUGCUGCGAUAAUGGACACAGGGUGGUGUGUCGGAGGGGGUGGAGGACGCGAAGGGAGGGAGGAUGGAGGUGGUCCGAGCGGUUCCGGUGGCGUACAUGGAGGUAAAUGUAUCAGUUGUACAUGUCCCAUUUGCCGGCCUGGGAUAGCUAAUAGUGUAGAAUACGCCGCUGUGGCAAGUGUAAGUAGACCUAACGAAGAGUAUGUGCUCAGUUUCUCCCCCAACUCGAUCUCUACCACGACACUGUCGGACAAGCUCACCUCUUGGGUUAUCACAGGUGUCCCAUUCCGCAUAUCUGGAUACUACAGUAUCCAGCUUAAACACAACUACUCUUCGCCGGAGUGCAACCGCCAGCCAACCUCGCCUGCAUGCAAGCCCUCGUACCCGCUCUCUGAACUCGAGUUCCGCCACUUCCUUACCCUGAGCGUCGUCCCACAGUACGACCUUGUUAGGUGGGUAUCUUGGGCUACGACCACCUCCUAGCAGGAACAACAGCGACGAUGAAUGUAAUGGGACAGCAGCAGCCAAAGUGCCACCGGUGAUCUCUAAUUCUCAAGUCAAUACACAUGGAAUGCGUCCACAAUGAUCCAUAUCACAUGUACCUCGUUUCCGGAGUAACUUCAAUGGUCGUGCUCGAUAUACGGCGAACCCUGUUGGAGUACAUGUAGUGAAAAGUUGACAGUCUGCGUCGAAACGGGAGUCGAAUAUGAGAACUGGAGCAGUUGAGCUGAUUGAAUGUCGCGCGAGGUUCAUCCAGGAGAUGUCAGGUAGAGGUCAGAGAUACGCAAGAAAUGAAUCAAAUUCGGAAUCCUGACCGGGACUGAGCAAGAGUAUAGACAAUGAGGCUCAAGGAGCCAUGGAGGCAUUCCAAGUACAGAUAUGGUACCAACGGAGAUAUCGGUACUAUUUGUAGGGUACGCCUGGGUGCGCUCGGCUCAGGCUUAGUAGUGAAUGCAAUAUUCGUCGCC